CGCACGCUCCUCUUGUCCGCCCACGGCAGCAACGUCACAUCCGGUCAGCGCGUUUCCGGUCCAAGAUGGCGCUCCGCCGAGCGUGCAGCUGGAACGCGGUGCGAGUGGCGGUCAGUCGGCACUAUGGCCACCCUGGCGUCGUGCCGUGCUCCGCUAGCGAUGCCUCGCGCGCUGUGUUUGUCUCCCCCGGCGACGACACCCUGGGAAGUCAUUGCGACGAGACGCCGUCCACUGGCUAUCAUAAGUUCAGAGGUGAUUGUACACACAAACGGAUGCGCUGAAACAUGCGUCAGAGGAGUUUCCCCGGACCCAUCGCUACGGCGCAGAGGAAAGUGCAAAUGGUUCAAUGUGGCCAAGGGCUGGGGCUUCAUCACGCCCUACGAUGGAGGGCCCGACGUCUUCGUCCAUCAGUCGGUGAUCCAAAUGUCCGGUUUCCGAAGCCUGGGCGACGAAGAGGAGGUGGAAUUUGAGUGCAAAGCCUCAGACAAGGGAGUGGAGGCGACGUCCGUCUCCGGACCCGACGGCUCGGACUGCAAGGGGUCGCACAGGAGACCUAUGUCCAAGAAGCGAUUCCGGAAAAUAAGGUGCUACAACUGCGGAGAGUUUGCGAACCACAUCGCUGCCAAGUGCACCUUAGGUCCCCAGCCGAAGCGUUGCCAUCAGUGCAAGUCAUCCGAGCACCUCAUCGCCGGCUGUCCACAGCGGCAGGACAAGAAAGAGCAGCCCACCUCCAAUGGGGACCAUCACCUCGCGCCCAAGGACCCGGACAACAACAACACGCUGAGUAACGCCCAGAACGGCCCUUAGCCGCCACAGCCACCUUGCUCACCCUCCAUGAGAAGCUACUCUGGGAAACCCCCGGUGAUCACCCCGACACUCUACCGUCCUCUGCAAGCGAACAAUAAGCACCCUUCCGGGUGACCAGGGAAAAUCAAUGUCCCGGACAUUCGCACGUGCAAUCCAAUCCUGCGGAAUGCUUCGCGUGCUAUUCGCCGCGGAAGCGUCCUCGUGAUGGGUGCGUUCCGACUAGCGGCUUCGCAAUCGACUAAUUCUGAUACCGGCAGAAUCAGGGCCGUGGUGGGUUUAUCAAGGCAAAGUUUUUUUGUUUUCUAAACGUCUACUCCGUCGUAAAGUUUGUUUUUGGUCUUCAGAACCUUCUCUUGCAGCGCAAUGUACAGAGUGUGAAGCAGCUCGUUGCCUAUACUUACCGGACGAACUUCCGGUGGCGCACGACGAUGCACUUAUACGAACUAGGACUAGGAGAAAAUCGUGGGCAUUAAACUCAGCGUAACGAAAUGAAUGUAGCGAAUGUUGUGUGCAAGUACCGCCAGGGGCGCUAAUGGUGCAAAACAGAACUGAGCAUCCAUAUGGGACUUCAUCUCGUAUAGCCCAUUCUAACCCACGGAAGCCCAUAAGUUACGCCCCGUUUAUUAACUUGAACAAUUUUUCUGUAGCUUUAGCUCACAGAAAUAUGUCGUCGUGCGACACCAGAAGUAGGCAACGAGUGGUGUGUGCAAAAUGCCACUUAGUUUUUUGUGCACGUACCUCGCACAUGGGAGUGGCGGGCAGACGUCUUUUCAGUGUGACGCUUCACUUCGCAGAUAUGCCCGCGGAAGAAACAACCUUGAUCUGCCCGUCCUCCCUUGUGCACUCGCACCUUCAGUAUACAUUGUACUGCUUGGGUUCCUUGUUCUUCUCGUUAAUUUUCAAAGGUGUGCCGUUCAUUUUGCUCCUUAUUUACUGGAUAAUGGUUCUUGCGGUUGCAUGUCCGUGCUCGAAUACAACGCGAUAACAUAUCAUCAACAGGAGGAACGCGAAAAGAAAUGAAACGUCGAGUAGCAAGCUUUCUGUGGCGCAUGCGGCUGCCGAAUGAGGGCGCAGUGAUCGGAAACGUUUUCUUCUUUUCUUUGUUCUGAAUGGUGUCGUAAAGCGGGAGAUGCGCAAUCUCAGUAAAUUUAUCUAUUCGAUAGCUUGGGCCCUCAGUACUCUUGCGUCACAAACUUCGUCCCAAUCAGACCGACAUUUUUAAAGUUAAAAUUGAAAAUUACGGGUAACACUGUGCCAAAGUCGCCACCAACUGCGCAUUGCUCGUCAAAUACGGCGGCAAAACUACAUCGCAUGCACAUAGCACCGGGUCUAAAACGAAAACGUCGGCUACUUGUCGGCUACGUAGCCACCUGGAGCAGGAAAUCACUGUUGCUUGACGAAUUGCGGAUUAUUUCGCACUAGAGGUCGCCCCGAGCCGUCUUACCGCAAGUUUGUUAGCUAAUUAAAAACCGAAUCCAACCGAAUUGGCGAAUCCUCGAAUCCUAGGCAGGGAUUCGAGAUUCGGGAAUCCAAAUCCCAGUGCGCAAAACGGCGAAUCGAAUCUUUCGAAUCCACCAACCACGUUUGUUUGUUUCUUUUUAAAAUUGGCGCCUGCGGAGUCCGCCGAGAACCUGAUUGGCCGGCUGCGCCGGGGGCGCCCCCAAAAAUCAUGACAUAAAGCUCCGCCAUUGCAGGUUUAAAAGUAACAUGGUUUUGCUUUCGAUUGUUUCUUAUUUUUAUGGAAAUAAUUUAGACUUGAGAGUUAGUGUAAUUCAUGUAGCCGAUUAACAACAUGUUAAAUGAAUUACAUAUAUAAAUUACAUUACUAAGUAUAUGUGUACGUUUUUUGUUAUGUACUUGGUUUUCAUUAAACAACGAUAUCAAAUUCUGCUUCAAAACACUUUUCAGUAGAAGCGUUUUUUCCCCCUGGCUUUUUGAACAAUUUUUAAAGAAAGGAUUCGAAAGAUUCGAAAGAUCCGAGAUUCGUAAGAUUCGUGGAUUCGCAGAACCUUCCUUGGAUUCGGAUUCGGAUUCGGAAAAUUCUGGAUUCGUCCCUUCUCUAUUAAACAUCGUGGGUGUGCUCUGCUCACGACCUACUACUAUACUAGAGACCUGGACGUCCGCAAUGCUCCCAGCACCGGGGUAGUAGUUCUGGCAAUCGCCGCUUGGCUAUGGGAUUUGGCGCUAGCUCGCACUAUUUGUCACCACGUGACUUGUCGAAACCGCGGCGAUGUAUGGUAGGCUGUGUUGACAACGAUGAAGCACCAUAAGAGAGAGAAUAGCGCGUGCUUAGCAACGGGCUUAGCAACAGCCUUUGUAUCCCUAGCAGACUAAAGACGGUGGCAAGGGUGAUUCCCUCUCCCCAAUAACGCUAUGUGGCGCCUGCAGCGGUCACUAACGUAACUAACCCAUGACCCGUCUCUCCCAUAGGGGAGCGCCAGCUGUCCAGGUCUCUAGUAUAGAGUAGGUCGUGGCUCUGCUACAUGAAUAACGUGUUGGUUGUUGCUCUCGGUUUACAAGCAACAAGAUGUCGAACUAUGCGCGGGCAACAUAAACUGCGCCUGUCUGCAGCUUUGUGGUACCUUCACGUAGGUUGUGUCGCCUUUCAAAACAAGAGCGUAUAGAUGGACGGCAACACUCUGGAGCCUCUGCAACAUGCAUCUAAAGCAGCGCGCACUAAAACCUUCAAAGAACGAUUACCGUGCUUUUCCGUGUAUGAGGCGCGUUGUUCGCGUUGUGCGCCGGGGUAUGUUUCCGUUUCCGCUAAAUUUUGCAAAGAUCUGGAGAUUUUUUUGAAGUGCUUCCGAUAUGCUAAAGUCCGCUAAUCACCGUUGUGCUCGGCAGCCGUCCAUUCUUCAGUGUAUGCGUAACACGCCGCCGAAGACCCCUCGCGUGGUCACUGUCGGUGUACGUUAACCGCCGAUUUAAAAAGAAAAAUCUUCAUUAUUUUUUAAGUACGCGCGUUAUAGAUCGAUGCGCUUUAUACACUGCAAAACACGGUAAAUAUAUCUGACGGACGAACACAAUAUAGGCCUAUGGUUCAAUUUUUUCCGGUUAAAUUCCUUUCGCGAAUUCGGGACGGAAUCAGGAAAUCGAGAAAUCGGGACGGAAAGAAUCAGGCGCCACCGGUACAUUCGGGUGUCAUCGGGUUAUUAUUAUUAUUUAUUUAUUUUUUCUUCUUGCUGCGAAGCAAACCGCCUACAGUUAAAGUGCGUAUAUUGGUCAAACAUGCAUACCUCGCGAUUUAUUGUGACAAACACCGCAUCGCACAACAUUUAAAUGUGCUUCGCAUAGUUUAUUGUUGCGCUCAAAUAUUAGUUAUAUCAGACAUGCGUACAAAUUGCUACUAAAUGGUGCACCUGACAACUGGUACCAACCUGAUACGUAAUGCCAAUUCGGGGAUAAAUCGGGUUUAGCACGAAUUGUUCCUUUGGACGAAAAAUCAGACCUUAGUUAUAUAGCUGACAUGAGUUUGAGCCAUCCACGUUUUACCAAAUGAAGGACAACUGUUAUUAUCUAUACAUGACAGUCUGAUCCAUAUCAACACCCUCUAGACAAACGAAGCCCUGCUCGAUUCGUCCUCUCCCUUUCUUUCGUUUCUUCUCCUCCUCCCUUUCCUCUUUUUUCCCGCGAUUCCUCCUAUCCCUUUCUUUUUUCCCGUAUCUAAAGUGGCGGUGGCGGCCCCUUCAACCAGUCGUCGCAGACGGCUUCGAGAACAAAAACCGUGUGGCUAUACGAGUGGCUGUCCAUACGGCUGUCGUUGACUCGUUUCCAUAGAUACAGCUGCCUAAACACGACUGUGAUUGGCUGGACUCCUAACGACUACGUCACAACGAGUGGCGAUCCCGCUUUCUUUACUCUAGGUGGCGUUGGCUGUGUUCGCUCAGCCGCGUCCUCCGUACUUUCAUCCUUGAAACUUUUGGGUAUAUCUACCAGUACGCUGACGGUUAGCGCAACGCCGAUUAUUUAUUACCCUAAUUAUUAUUUAUUUAUAUACGCUGUACGCUUUUAGUUCGGUACGAUAAUUACUUGAUACUCACCCUAUUUAUUUGCAAUAGAGUCCGGGGUUGCACACCUGCCUGCAAAGCAAUCGUACUCGACGAGGCACGCGCGUCCUACUGGAGUGAAAAACGACCUGAAAAGCGAGAAGAAAAAAAAAUAUAUCGCUUUCGGUAGCACUUAACAAAACACGCUGCGCCCAUAUGAGUUGUGUUCCUACGGUGAAGUGCGAUACAACAUAGUAUGAUGUGUGUCCCAGAGAGAGAGAGAGACGUCGGGUGCAUGAAGUGACAUGGGGUCAAGUGGAAUUAGACGUUGUAGGCGUGUGCUCCUUCCUUGUAUUGUGAUCAACCUGUGAUUGUAAAAUAGAACAUGCUUCCAGACGAAAACAGGUGUAAAGAUUUUUGGAGAAAAAUAAAACGCAAAAUGCCAUUCUCGGCAUUGUCUUCCUCCGCAAUCGGCCCAGAGCUUCUUGGAGUUGCUUUGCUGCCACGUUGCUUUGGAGUUGGAGGACGCUUUGUGGACAAGUGC